UCUCGUCGACCUGUGGUUCCCCGUGGCCGGAUGUGAUCGUACGGAGCUGGUGGGUCCUCUGCUCGUCCAACUGUUUCAGCAACGAGCAUGGCCGAAGAUGUGGGCACUCUGCUUCAGAAAGGCCUCUCCGAAUGGUGGAACGAGGAAACCGAGUACGUUUUCCAAAGGAUCGAAAGAUGGGCCGCGUACGCGAGAGGAUACAAUCGUUUGAGGUCGCAGAGACUGUCCAGAGGACGGAUGACCAUGCAGGGGGGCCAGGAGCCUCGGUGGAGCAUCUCCUCCAAUAAACUGAUCAUCGACGACGUCUCGUGGAAUCCCCGUUUCCACGCGAUGAAGAAGUCCCGACGGAAGUCUCGACCGGAGGAGACAAAGAUCAAUUGCUGCGGCACGUUCAACUACCAAUCGAACAGCAACCUGGACAGCAACUGCCUGGAAACGUACAGGUACGACCACAGUAUCUACUUCAAGACGAUUGGUGAUAUUAAGAACAGCAAGAGGGACGCUGGCGAUAUUAAGAACGAGCAGGACAGGAUCUCCAUCAGCAGCGAGGAACUCGUGGAAUGGGACGUGAACUCUGUGUCGGACUUCAUCGCCAACCAGCUGAUGGAGGAUGGCCUCAGCGACAAUAUCACGAGUAUCUUUGCCUCCACGAGUGCUGCACAAGACGAGGAUGGGAUCGAUUCGGUUACCUGGACGAACGUGAAUUUGACCAAGCUCAAUUUGAACGAGGUCGACGCCACUGUGCCCGCCAUUGACGAGCAGAACAACGAGAACAACUUGACGGUGUCUGAGAUCGAAGAGGAACGCAAUAACAACUACAUCGAAGAGAAAAACGAGUAUCUGAGGAAUCAAGAAACACGAUUGAAUUAUGGCACCGAGAGUGAAAAUAAUAGCAAAGGGUCGCAGAACCGAGACAGAUCCAAAACGCUCCUGGACGUUCGAAGGACCAGAAGAACGUCCAAAAAAGUGAAACAAUCCCCCAUAGUGGGCGAUAACGAUGUAAUCUGGCCGAGUAUUUUGCUGAAUUAUACCAAAAACAUCGAUCCCGCCAUUUCUUCCCGUUACUGCAUAUCGCAAAAAUAAAUUUUCGUUCUAAAUUUGUGUGAUAUAAAAAUUAUUGAAAUCAUCGAAAAAAUGGGGGAUUCUAGAGGCCAAAACAAGACGAAAAUCAAGAAUACCAAUUUUUCAAUUGAGGCUUCGUUUAAAAGUUAUGAACGUUUAUAGUUGCGCCUGUGAGACGGGACCCGUGCGCGCUGCACACUU